AUGGAUAAUAAACUGAAACCCCUGCAAGAUAUAGUCUCCUCUAUGCUGCCUGACAAAAAUCCUGCGUUUAUUUUUAAAGAUUUGAACGUGGUGGAAACAUUGCAGGAGUUUUGGGAGAAGAAAAGAAAUCAAGGAGCUGUCUUCAAGAAUGGAAGUCUCGUUGUAUAUGAGUCCGUGCCAUCUCGUCUUGCACCACAUGUCUGUUAUGUCACUCUGCCAGGAGGCAGCUGCUUUGGCAACUUCCAGUACUGUUCAACCAAAGCUGAUGCAAGACGAGAUGCAGCCAGAGUGGCCCUAAUGAACUCCGUCUUCAACGAACAGCCGUCUCGUAUGAUCACAGUGGAAUUUAUCAGGGAAAGUAUGGAGGAAGCAAUUGCGUCAGUCUGUGGCAGUUCAGAGGAUGCCAUGGAUCCAAACACAAGCAUUGGGACCUACUACCACAUGCUGCAGGCAAAUGAAGGAAAAUCUAUGUUGGAAUUUCAGGAACUGAUGACCAUCUUUCAACUACUACAUUGGAAUGGGAGCUUGAAAGUCCUGAGAGAAAGGAAGUGUUCCCGACAGGAUGUAAUUUCCUAUUACUCCAAGCAACCUUUGGAUGAUUGUUUGAGAAGUCAAAUGGCACUAGACUGGAUUUUGAGGGAAAAGAAGAUACCAGGAAUUAUUUCUCAGGAGCUCCAGUCCGUCCUCAAAGAGCUGGAGAGAGCCAGAGAAAAAGGCCACGAGCUGCGGUUCCACAAAGAAAGGAAAGAAAUUCUGAUGCUCUCACUCAGUCAGAUCGGGUCAAAAUUCAACAGUGAUCCAACGUGUGAACAGACUUUAUGUGACCUUAAUUUGUCAGGUUUGUGCAACCAAAUGCAAUUCAUGCAGUACAGGAAUUUAUAGCCAGGAUUCAGAGAUUAUGUGAUUUUCUACAUUGAAACUCACUAUCAUCAAGACAAAAAUCAGCAGAUGCCACUCGGAUGAAUCAUGGCAGAAAUAUGACACUAGUCACUAGACAACUACAGCGCAGUACCUUGAUGUUGUGCCGACCUAUAUAUUCCUUAAAAAAACGUACUAAACCCACACUACCCCGUAACCCUCUAUUUUUCUUUCAUCCAUGUGCCUGUCCAAGAGGCUCUUAAAUACUCCUAAUGUUUUAGCCUCCAACGCCAUCCCUGGCAAGUCAUUCCAGGCACCCACAACCCUCUAUGUAAAAAAAAAACUUACCCCUAAUCUCUCCCCUAAACUUCCCUCCCUUAACUUUGUACAUAUGCUCUCUGGUGUUUGCUAUUCGUGCCCUGGGAAACAGGUACUGGCUAUCCACCCUAUCUAUGCCUCUCAUAAUCUUGUAGACCUCUAUCAAAUCCCCUCUCAUCCUUCUACGCUCCAAAGAGAAAAGUCACAGGAGAGUGUAAUAAUAAACACAGGAAUAACCUGCAAAUAGAAAUUCACUGAGGUUUGGUAUUCAGCACGGUGUACUCAUUUGUCUAAUUGUUAAUGCCUAAAUGUAUAUGUGAUUAAUGUUACAUUAAUUGUGUUGUAACUGAACCAUACAAUACUGUGCAAAAGUCUUAGGCACAUAUAUAUAUAUUAGGGUGUCCGAGGCUUUUGCAAGGUGCUGUAUUGUCAAUGUGGAGUGGAGAGCGAGUUUGUAAAUCUGGUGGGAGCAAAGUAUGUUGGGAAUGGCGAGGGUGGGUCACUGCGAGAGGGGUGAGAGACAGGUGGCAGAGAAGGAGUGGCAGGGAUGGGAAGGGGUAGCUGGUGCAGACACACCCAGCUCUGAGACACCAGGCAAUGUUUUUGUUCAGGGCAGUAGUACAUAUCAGAGUUCACAACCGAUAUACAACAUAUCCAGGGGAAAAAUAAUGCUGUGGCUGAUUGCCUCUCAUGGCCGUACACAUGGGGGUUGACUAUGCCGCAUGGCAGCCGACCAAGCUACUGACCCACAGGUCCAGGCUUACUGAACAGCAGUCACGGGCUAGCUGUUGGCUGAUGUGAAGUUGUGGUUUCCCUCCUGUGUGAUGUCUCAACCGGUCGUCCUCGCCCCAUCGUCCCUAGAAACAGGAGACAGACUGUUUUUGCCUCCAUGCAUGGCCUCUCGCAUCCAGGCCAGAAGGCCUCACAGGAACUGAUUGCACUAAAUUUUGUCUGGCGCGGACUUAGAAAAGAUGUGCGUUAUUGGACUGCAGCCAACGGGCAAAAAUUAACUGUCACAUUCAGGUCCUUUUGAGGUCCCUGAGCGACAGUUUGACCAUGUCAAUGUGGACCUUGUUGGUCCUCCUUUUAUCCCCCCGCCCCCUACAAUUUCACACCCCUUCUUACCAUGGCGGACUGUACUACCAGGAGGCCAGAGGUCAUCCCUCAAGCAUCGACGAGGGCCACAGAUGUGGCUUGGGUAUUUUGGGCGGUCAUCAGCACCUGGGUUACUCGGUUUGGCACCCCAUCUGAUAUCUCCUCUGACUGCAGUCCCCAAUCCAAUUCAGAUGGCCCAGAACCCUGACAUUAGGGCACCACAAGCGUAUCACCCACAGUCCAAUGACCUACGUGAGCAGUCUCACCGCUCCUUAAAGGCUGCCUUGAGGACUUCUCUGAAGGACGAGUGCCAGGUGAUUUUAUUCCUGAUGCCACGACCGCCUGGUCGGCCUUGCGACAGCGUUCCACCCUCCUCGGUAAACUCAAUUCCUUUUCAGCUAUUUCUACCUCCCAACAUGGUGUACAGAACCUACAGUGCUCUUGAAUUCCUGUUGACCUAUGUUCUGCCUUGUUUGCUUUCGUCUGCCAUGAUGCACCCCAGUGUCCCUUUCAGCUCCCUUAUGAUGGCCUGUUCCAGGUUUUGGAAGACGGAGAAAAGAUGAGGAGUAAACCUGAACGUAUUUUGGUAGAUCGCCUUAAGCCAGCCCUCCAAGAUUUGGAUUAUUCCGCUGCCAUGCCCGCUAGUGCCACGGCAUGGCUGUGUAUGUGUCAACACACCUCUGGAUGAGCCAGAGACAUCUGUGGUUCCUCCACCCAUGGAACACUGGACCCGAGCCAGGCAGCUCGUCCAAGCUCCAGGCAGGCUCACCAUGCCAGUUUUAGUGAAUUCUGGCGGGGGCUGGUGCUGUGUAGGGGGCCUAGUAAUGUAAUCGGGAUAAUUGCACAUAAUUAACAACCGUCAACAUUGAGUUGGGGGUUCAUUUUAAGAGUCUAGUCUGAUGUGACGACAUUUUUUUACAUGAAGAUUUUUUCAGUGCGUUUUUAUGUGUAGGUUUGGUGCUCAAUAAAAUACGUUGUGGGUUUCAUUAGAUGUAAAACGCCUCACUUCAUUUUACUUGCUUGUUUUUCAUCAUGUCAGGUAAUCCUGCAGCGUAUUUGUGAGGUUACAUCCCCUCAUUUGUCUGAGCGUAUAUCCUAUAGUGUAGGGUUAACAAGACCCUUAGAUUUGUAUGUUCACCUUUGAACUCAACUCAGAAACUCGUGUAAGUUCUGCACAUUUACCUUUCUUGGUUUUGCAAGCCUGUGAUCAAAACCCGCCUGUGCACAGUUCCUGGUGAAGGGGCUGUGAGACUGAAGGAAGGAAGAACAAAUGCGAGCUUUAUGCAGCAUCACACCGUGCCCUCUAUCUUCCAGCUCCUCCAUCCUGUGGUCUCUGCAGCUCCUUGAGUGAUUAAAAGGGACGGAUCGGACAGAUCCCACACCACACUGACUGAGCUGUAUCGUAAUGUUCUAGGAAUUACAAACCCUAAUGAUCUCCCCUUCAAAAGCUGGAUGUUCAGCAAAUAUAAUUAAUGCCUUCAUAGCUUCACUGGAUGUGUUAUUUCAAUUGAAACUGAUGGUUUUCAUUUUUUCUUUGUAUUUGUUUUUCCAUCAUGUCAUCAAUACGGUUGACAACUGACAUCUGUCUAUGUGGCCCAGCUCACCAGUGAUCCAGUAUCAAACUGCUGAACCGGUGCUUUAAACACUUAUUCCUUAAUGCCUCAAAUGAUCAGAUUAUCAGAUUCCCACUUGUUUUCAAAGGGGAGCAGUGUCUCUGCGACUUGAUACAAGUGAUGGAGAAAGGAGGUGUUUAUACUGUGCAAAUUUACUGAACGAUUGCCAUUCUUAAGAUAUGGGUAGUUUAUAAAUGAAGGUUGCCUUUUUGGUAGCCAGACACUUGAUGUGUCAAUUGGGCCAUCAAUAUAUUUACAAGUUUUCUCUAAUGCAGUUACACACACACACACACACUUUUGCACAGUAUUGUAAUAGAGCAUGGGUACAGGACUUCAGCCCAGAGUCCAGGCCAACCAUGGUGCCUACCCAGCCAGUUCCAAUUUCCUGCAUUUGGCCCACAUCCCUCUAAACCCUGCUCCUCCAUGUACCUAUCCAAAUGCUUCUCAAAUAAUAGUGGAUCAUCUGAGUAUCAUUAAUCUCAGAGAACCUUGGUGAGGGUUACUUUGAUAGGUUUAUUCUUCUAGGUUUUCAUAGUGAGGCAUAACGGGUGUUCAAUCAAUAACAGAGCACAACAGAAAUGUGGAAAUCCCUGUUUAAGUAAUUCUGCACCUGUUGGUUUGUUCAGCCACCAUCCUUUCCAUUGUGAUGCCUCAGUUCCCAGUAAAUAACACUCCCUAACCUUGACUGACCCCUGUUCUUUUCAUUCCGCUGUCAGCUCCUGUGAUUUUGUAAUACAAGGGGCUAUGGUGUUCCAAAAUCACAAGCCUAAAUUCUUCCAUUUCUUCCCCACUCUAUAACGCAGUUCUUUGUUAUAAGACCAUAGGGCUAUAAGAUAUAGGAGCAGAAUUGGGCCAUUUUUCCCAUCAAUUCUGCUCCACCAUUUGGUUUUGAUCACUUCUACACCUACUCUCUUGGUUAGACAUGUACGCAGUGGUUAGGUUGCUGUGGAUGAAGUCAGGCAGAUUAUGACUUCCUGUUGGUUCUUCCAUUGCGAUGCAGGACAAGUCUAAAGACUUUCCUUAUCUCAAGCAAAAAUGGCCAUGUGUGGCCAUGACCCUCCACACAGAACAUAUUCUGCAUUUCUGUUUCUCUCAAUACUUUUCUCCAAGUGUUGUUCAGUCAUUUAGGUUGGAGGAGCAGGACACAGCCAGAGGUUUCUUUGUUUAAACGUUUGCAUCAGGGUUCCAGUAAAUACUACAGAUGAUCAGAACCUACCCAGUUGCUUUCUUCUGACUUCACCUGCAAUGAGGCAGAGCAGGUCCAUAAAAAAUAAUUGCAAGAUCAUGUAAUAUUGGCUUAUUGUUUGACUAUUCCAUCAGACGUCAUUCGUCCUUAAUGACACUAGUCCUUGAUUAUCAGCCAGCGUGGCUUUGUAGAGCUGACUGAGCUGAAGUUUAUCUGAAAGCAAUGUCUGGCUUAUGGACAAUAUUUUCCUUUUCCAAAAGAAAAAUACUUCAUGCUGGAAAUCAGGAAAUGUCCUCAUCGUCCUUUCACAACAACGUUUUUAUUUAUAGAUUUGAACUUUUCAAGAAAAAGAUAGUGAAGACUAGUCACAUCUAAGCAUAUGAUACAUAAAUUAAGGUGACAGGUUCCAUCUCAAAGAGUAACGGCUGGACUGUUUGAGAGUUUAUUUGACAUCUUUCAUAGUUACUUCCUUGGUGCUCAGUCACCAAUUAAUGGAGUUAUGCAGCACACUCUUAUGAAACAUUAAUUCUUUCCACAGCUGCCUGACCACCUGAGCAUCUCCAGCAUUCUCCAUGUUUAUUUUGGACCUCCAGCAUCUAUAGUUCUUUGAUUUACUGUAAUUUUAUAGGAUUGUGGGCAUUUGGUCUAACAAAGACCCUAAUAAAGCGAAUCUUUAAUUUUUUGGCCUCUGGGUAAAAAUACUCUUUGUUAUUUUAAUAACAUUCUGUACCCAUUGACGGCACUUUAGAUGUGUAUGUACAAAUAGUCGACGUAUCAGGCCAAGGCGCUUCAUCAGGACUGAAACAUCGACUGUUUACUUCCAUAGAUGUUGCCUGACCAGCCAAGUUCCUCCAACCUUUUGUGUGUUGUUCUGGAUUUCCAACAUCUGCAGAAUCUCAUAUUUAUUAGCUGUGCAUGUACUCAGACACCUUCCCUUUGGAUCUUCACAUUUAACUCUUCAACAUUUUGACAAAACACUGACAUAGGCUGCUUUACCUUAAAGCAGACAACCUCAAAUUUCACCUUGAGACCCAUUUGCCACAAAUUUGACCAUUCACUCAAACUGUUAGCAUCUUUUUGUAAUGUAAGGCUUCACGGACACUGUAUUCCACCUAUCUGUACUAUCAGCAUUU